AUGCUGCCAAAACUGUCCAUCGUCUCGCACUACGCGCAAGGGCCGCCGCUGACGUUGACGUCAUCGCUGCGGCCAGCCACAGCCACACCAAAAGAAGCGGCGCAUUUUCUGGAAGCACAUCCCUCACUACACGGCUUGCUCAGCGCCCUUGCCGCUGACCGCCUGGCACAGCAGGUAAGGCUGCGCCAGCUGCAGACCUACGUCGUGCGGACAUCUGUGAAGCUUACGCGGACAGUAACGCUGGCCUCCUCGGCCGAGGUCGCUCCCGUAUCGCGCAGCGGCAGCAGCAGAGGCAUGGAUAGUAGCCAGCUGCAAGGUGUUGUGGCAGCCGCAACGGCGAACUUCGUCGAGGACGUGGCAUGGUGCAGCACGGUCACGCCGCACAGCCCGCAGCUGAACCCGUGGUGCCUCCUGCCUGUCGCUGCGGAGGGCUGCUACUUGACAUUGCCAUCAUCGCAGUUCGUGCAGUGGUGCGAGCAGCAGGCGGUGCGCUGCUGUGCGGGGGAAGGCACCGCAUCGUCUGUCGAGCCCGACGCUCGCGGUGGUCCGAUGCGGUACAACGACAUUGUGCACUACGCAGACACCGGUGAGGAUGGUGGCUACAUACACGGCUACGCGUUCAUUCUGGAGGGUGACGUCUUCAGCGGCGGCGGCGGAGUGAGCGAUGCCGCCGCCGCCGCGGCGAAAGCUGCAAUGGACAGUCAGCGCUCGGACGCCUCGUUGCGUGACGACAGCGACGAGGAGGCCAGCGUGCUUCUCUGGUGUGUGCUGAGUGAUGCGCCGGUGUUCAACUUCAUGCGCGCCAUCACGCACGAGGCGGUGGCGGCCAUGAGCUACGUCGCUCAGCGGCAGUACCGUGAGCACGUCGCAUCCACGGAGUCGGCGUCAGCCAGCGCCGCCCUCCCCCACAGCAUCUACACGGCGCUCCUCGACGACGCGAUACAGGAGGAGGUUGUGCUGCCGCUGGCGAAGGAGCUGCUUCUCUCUGGCUCUGCCAGCAGUCGCACGUUGCCCGGGGACACCUUCACCGUGCAGCUGGCGCUCACAAGCAGCAGUGGUGGCGCCGUCGCAUCACAUCCACUCGCGUCGUCUACCUCGAAUCCGUUGACCUUCUCCCGCCCCCUCGACUUGCUUUACCCCUACGCCGACGUGCCGUUGUCGCUCCUUUUUCUGAGCUUCAACGAAGACGCCUUGCGCGUGUUGCAGUCGCUCCUGAUGCAGGAGGAGCGGGUGGUGGUGCUCGGCGCCACCCCGCAGCACGCGUCUGCGUGUGUCGUCAGCUUGCUGGCGCUGCUGAGCCCGCUCACGUGGGUGUCCCCGCUCGUCCCAUACCUUCCGCCGCAUCUGGCCGCUGUGACGGGGCUGCUGCAGACCCUACUGAACCCCCCCUUUACGCAGCAGCAGCAGCCGAAAGUUUCGUCAGGUAAGCCGCCUGCCGCAGUCCUACCCUCGCAGCGGACAGAGAGCAGCGGAUUUCUAGUCGGCAGCACCGCAGCCAUUCAGCCCUAUCUUAUCCUCCUCUCCUCUGUCUCACCAGGCGAGACAGGCGUGAGCGCCGCCGGCGACGGUGGCAGCGGCAGCGGCAAGCGCGCGUUGCGGACUUGGAUUGCCGACGCUCGAACCGGCUGCGUUGGUGUAUGCCCGCAGGAGCCAGUAGCGCGGUUCUCGGAGUCCGAUUCUCCGACAUCGACCGACCCGUCGGGCGGGUCGGCGGCAACGGCGGCGGCGGCUAGCAGCAGCAGCAGCAGCGCCGUGAACGCUUGGGCGACUCGCGCGCACGUGAAUCCCUGUCGAAUCGUGUCGCACAACGGCGAGGAAGAUGAGAGCCGCCGCGCCGUCGAUCUUUACGGCGCCGUUCGUAGAAGCCUGCACGCCGUGGCGAAGUCGAACGUUAUGGACGCAGCAGCGCUGGACCUCCUGCCUGCCUUCAGCGACAACCUGCGAGACCAGCUGCGCCGCGUGGUGAGCGUUGAUAAGCGCCGUCUAUUCCGGCACAGCCUGGAGGCGGUGGCACAGCACACGCAGGCCCGACUACAGGAUCUUGAGUCGCUGGCGGCGCGCCUGGCACGAGGACUGCGACAGGCCAUCACGACCGCCGGCACCGGUACCAACAUGUCCUUCGAGAGCACGCCCAACGACACCUUAGCAAAUCGUAGCAUCUACAGCGACGCCGAAGAGGGCGAUGGUGAGCUCACAGCGACGCGCACCGGCGAUGACGACGGCGACGACACUGCUUCGCUCCGCUCCAUCACGGAGGCCUUCACACGAUCCUUCUCCAAGUCCUUCGCCGGUGGCCCCGCGUCUUUAGCGACGUCCUUCGCUCCUCCCCCUGUCCCGCAGUUCCCGGCGCUGUCCUUUAGCGAGGUUUGGCAGAUCCAGGCUGGUGUGUUCGACUACAUGGUGAGUCGUUUCACAGGGGCGUACCGCCGAGGGUUGUCCGCGACGACCCUCGGCAGCGGUGGCGCUGGCGGAGGUGGACAGCGUCGCGCCACGGCCAUUGAGUUGUCUGUGUUCUUGGUGCCCGGUAUGGACCAGCACCACGCACUGGCAGAGCGCGUCGCCCACACGCACAUGUUCAAGCAGUUCGAGUGCGCGGUCUUGGCUGCGGAGCAGGUGGGGCUGCGUCGCGUCUUCUCCGGCGCUGCACCAGCGCGCGUGGGCAAGGAGCAGGCCUCUCAGCAUCACGGCAGCGGCAAGAAAGGCCAUCCGCUCCUGGCCAACGUCCGCUACCUGGCACUGUUUGCUCUCCUGUGUAGUCGUGCGCGUCUGCACUACGCGGAGCUGUACGCCGACAUGGUCUCCGUGGACGCGGUCGGGCUCGUGUACGCUUCUGUGGUCACGCAGUGGUUCGCGAACCGGCCGGGGCCCUCAUCGGCGGUGAGCGUGCCGCGUGCCAUCCGGCUUCUCGCGGGCGGCUACAACGGCGCUGAGGAAGGCGCGGUUGCCGCCGCAAAGCGUGCGGCCUACAAUGGGGGUGGUUCUGGGGUGUAUGGCCACGGCAACGAUGGUGGCGGUGGCGGUGGCAGCUUUCGCGUAUUUUUUUCGAAGGUCGCGAAGGUGAUGAAGCAUGGCUACGCCGCCAACGUACGCUCGCGUGGACUGCACACGGCUUACCUCCCCGCUGCCAUCGCCUGCCUGCACACCUUUUGCGUUCCGCUUUUUUCGGAUCUGCCAGUGGCCCGACAGUCAUUCGCUGUCACAUCACACUUGGAGAAACCCUCGAUGGAGAGCAGCAGCGGAGAAGCAGGUGGUGCUGCCAGUGACCGUCGCGGCCGGCACCUCCACCACCGUCACCGCACUGUCCAAGCAUUCCUCAAGACCUGUAUGCCUCCACCGCAGCGGAUGAAGUAUGCCCGGCAGCAGCAGCAGCAGCAGCACAUCGCACUCGACAUGGACUUCACGCUGCAUGACUGUGUCAACGUGGUGCGAGUGGCAGGUCUCGGCAGUGGCGGCUACAACGUCCCUGAGGCCGGCGCCCACAGCGGAGGAAGGACGUAUGUGAGUGGGCAGAGGAUCGAGUCGGAGGUGUUCGACCCCGCCGCCAGCACCGGCGCUGACCCGGACGGCGGUCGGGAUAAGACCAGCAUCAGCGCCGAUGAACAGCAGCGUGAUCGGGAUCUGCAAGCCAUGUCGAAAGCGUCUCUCUACAUCUGUCAUGCCCUACCGCUCGACAUUGUGCACAGGUUCGACGCGUACGGGCCGCUACUGCGUCCUGCCGCACCAGGCGAGGCAGAAACCUCAUCAGCGAGCGCCGGCGGGGACGCUCUGAACGCCGGGUCCGCAGCGGCCUACUUGCUAGUAGGGCGCCUGUGCCCGUCGUGCAUGAACAUGUGGCGCGAGGUUGAGGCUCGUGCGGUGCGCGCCGUAUUGGAACAGUCGCUCUCGCAAGUAGCGAAGCCACCCGCGUCUGCUGCGUCGUCUUCCGCCUCGUUUGCGCAGCCGCGACUGCUGCCACCAUCGAGAGCCGAGAAGCCUGCGGAGACGUCGGUCCCACAAGACUCUCUGUAUUCGCUUCCCGCGCCAGAGCAGGCAACAGCCCCGCCGCCGUCGGUGUGGAGCGCCUUCACCAGCGGCGUCCCGCAGGACUACCCCUCUGUGAGCCCCGUCAUGCCGGAUCGAGGCCCUGGUGGAGGUGCGCAGCAACACCAAGCACCACCCGUGCGUGCCUUUACGGCAACCUCGGCGUCGCACCACCGCGACGUGUGGGACUCGUGGGGCGUCCAGACACCAUCGGCGAUGGUGAGCGUGCAGCCAGCCCCAGUGCAGGCAACGGCAGCUGAGAGACCACAGACACACGUCGCCGACAGCGUCGACAGUGGCAGUGCGGGUGGCGUGUGGAGUACCGGUGCACCACUUGGACCUCCAGUGAUGCUAGGUGGGAUGGAAACAACACCGCCAUGCAUCAGCGGCGCAUUCUCGCCGACGCCCGCUGCCGCCGUGGCGCCGGCACCUCGCGGCGUAAUGGACAGCCUCUUCGCCGGCACGGCGACGCACUCGACGGCGUACGCAGCGGCAGCGGGGAAUGUCAGCCAGCAGCAACCGACGGCGGCUUCUCGACCACAUACCCUUGACAGCUUCUUCUAG